UAUUAACAAAAAAAAAAAAAAAAAAAUAAACCAAAACAAAAAUUUUCUUAAGUGUGGCACAAGCUAACAUAAGUUUUCUUGUCGAGUAUAUAAGGAACUGUAUGAUGGAUUUAGAAUUGCAAACAGCGUUUGAAUUUAAGACGGUUUUAAUUCAUUAGCACACGCACGGUAUAGUUAAGUUCGUUGUCUAGCAUUUUCAUAGCAAACAAUAUGGUACAAAAGUUAAUUAUAUUCAGUGCUCUUAUGGCUAUAGCGUCGGCAGUCGUUCUACCAGCGCCCGCAUAUCAUGGACCGUUCACGUAUGCCGCACCAGCUGUCGCGAAAUACGCUGCUCCUGUUUACCCAGCUGUGGCGAAGGUCGCUGCUCCUGUUGUAGCUAAAGUGGCGGUACCCGAACCAUACGAUCCUAAUCCUCAGUAUAGUUACAGUUAUGAUAUUCAUGAUGGUUCUACCGGUGACGUUAAGAGUCAACAUGAAACCCGUAAUGGUGAUGUUGUGGAAGGUGCUUACUCCUUGGUCGAACCGGAUGGUACUAGACGCAUUGUACAGUAUACCGCUGAUCCCGUUCAUGGUUUUAAUGCCGUUGUACAAAGAGAACCGUUAGCCGUUAAAGUUGCUGCACCUGUGGCCAAAGUAGUAGCGCCCGGCCCUGUUCUUGCCAAGCCCGUAUUUUCGGCCUACCCAGCUGUCGCAAAAGUACCCGCUUUUCCCGCUUAUGCUUAUCAUCAUUAAAUGUUUUUAUAAAACUUGUGAUCAUUAACAUGUUGACGACCGAUAAUCAGUUCGCUAUGGAAUACGUUUAAACUGCCUUUGUUACUUUAUUUUGUUAUUUAUGUAAAUGCAUAACUAGCCGCAAUAACUGUUUAUUUAAAAUGUAUGUAAACCUCAAUCAACUCCUAGUUCUAGAUUUCAUUCAAGUCAUGAGAAAAAUGAUUAUUUUAUUAAAUAUAUGUGUAUAUAUGUGUAAUUUUAAAUGAAUAACUUUUCGUUUCGUUUGUUCAUCUCUUUUUUGUUUUUUCCUUCUACGAUUGAUUUAUUUUUAUUUUCUAUAAUCAGCACCUAAUGUGCGUCAAAAAUUUUUGGCAUCAUUUUUUUAAUUUUGUUUUUUUUUUUUUUUUUUUCUGAAAAUCUUAAUGAAAAAUUCUGCGUAGAGAGUAUUUUAGAUGAAGUUUUUAAAAACAUAACAACUCUCAAUUUUCUCAAUUAUGUGGCAAUAUAAACGAGACUUAAGAAAUGAUAUCGAAUAAUAAUUAAUUUCUUUAAUUUUUAAUUUCAACUUAUUUACAUAAACAAUGAGGUAAGGACUUUUACGUGCAAUCGUAAAACAAUCAAUUGGUUCAUUGACAAUAAUCAUAGCAAUCAAAUAUUUUCGAUUUUUUAAUGUUUUUGAUAAACUGUCGCUUCAAGCUUAAUAUCUAGCUGUCUAGAUUGUAAUUUAAUAUUAAUAAAAUUACAUAUUGAAAUUUUAAUUUAUUUCUCCAAGUUUUCAUAAAAGAAUUUUUUUUUUUUUUUUGAUUACUGCCAUAGUAUGACCAUAUUUAAGGUCAAUCUUUGGAUAGUGUGAUUUUAGGAUCUCUGGUGGAUGCCACUGAUUGUUAUAAAUGAAAGUACAUAAAUAGUGUCUUCGUAUUCUAUUCCUAGGUUAGCAUAAAUAUCUAUGUCAUAUUAAUGACCUAAACGUAGUAAGUACGAUGAAGGCAAAGUAUAAACGAUUAAAUGACUUCAUCUUGAUUGUUGGAUCAAGUUUUUCUCGACGACCGAACAUAGUUUUUAAAAAUUUUUCUUUAUUCCAUAAGACCCGGAAAUAUGUAGCGCAGACUAUGAAAGUUAUAGGGCAAGUGAGCACAGUUCUAGAUAGUUGUCAAUCCGUAAAUAUCCGCCAAUCUUACUUAAGAAAUUUAAUACGAUGCAUAUGCUUCUUCAUUGCAUUUUGCAAAUAAAAUAUCACGAUCGUAAUAAAAACUUCAAAAAUCAACUUAAACCAUCGAUUCUGACUUGUGUUCUGGAUAAUACAUGUUUACUUUUUUGUUUACUUUGUAUUUUCUUUUCGUGCAUUUGUCUUGUGUCUCACUGACAAUAUUGUCUUUUUAGUCGUUUUGCUAAGGUAAGUAUCGCGGCUACCGCGGCUGUGCGUUUGUUAGUUUAUAUUAAAAAAAGGGAAAAAAUAUUGAAAAAAAGUUGACAAUUGACAUUUUAUAUUAUUUAAUAAUUCUCAAACCUUUUUUCAAGUGGGAGCAUUUAAUGUUUCAUAGGUAACUACCUAAUAAAGUGACCGUCAGAUAAAAACUGCCAAUAGAUGUCACUUAUUGGCGGAUAAAUCACCACAAAGGAGAAAAAUAAAAAAUUCGGACUUUCCGUUACUGUCAUCCGGUGAGACCACUACGAUUGAUAAAAAAUAUGUUGCAAUUUCUUCAACUGACGCUAGCAUAACAAUAUCACAGAUUAGCCCUUUCGCCGUAAACGUCAUAACAACACAUAUUGACUCUGUUUUUAUCGCUCGCGAUGGUAAUCUACUUGUUCUCGUUGGUAAUGCACGUGCGACAGCGAAAGUCUUGAAGUUCAAAUCACUUGCUAAUUUGUGCCCAAUUUCCGCUAAAUUGCGCGCCAAACUCAACUCAGUGAAAGGCGUGUUUAAAACAUCCACCAGAAGAGGAAAUAGUUCGUCAAAUGCGUACUCAAAAUGUAACUGAAGUUUAUAAGUUCACUAAACUAAACUCGGCGUUAGGUAAACAAUCUUUAAGUUAUGUAUAAUUGCGUGAGAUUCUAAAAAGCAAAACGUAUGCACGUACUGCAGUAUUGGCGAAGCGCGACGAAAGCACCGGGAAAUAAAUCCAACAAUACAAGGAACUAACAAGAGUAAUACCUAUGUCAUAUUAUCGCCUCGCUCCCAGCGGGCCAUCAACACCAACUCCUGCUAAUGACAAAUCUGACCUAUCAUCCGGAACAAAUAAUGUUAAAAAAAAAUAAAGGAACAACAAAUAUUCAAAAAGUCAAAACAACAACAUUUAUCCUUAAGCCUAAUAAACUAAACCCGCACAAUGUACUAUGAGUGCUUUCAACCCAACCUUUACGUCCCUUCAAGAGACCCAUCGCAGAAAUUCUUGUAAUCCUAUCCCACCCAACUCAUAUACUGAAUACUUCGUGAAUGCUGAUCAAAAUUCAAAUAUUCAACCCAAGGGGUUGGUAUUUUUAGAAAGUUCAAUAUCGCUCAAAAACGCAUUAAUUUAAACUCAAACAUUCAGACCAUUGCGAUAUAAAUUAAUUUAAUCAAAAAAUGUGCAGUGCUUUCGCUCUAUAUCCCACCUUCGCAGUCGUUUUCUCAGCAGGAGCUUUAUAAUUCCUAUUUUCCGCAUUUGCUCCCCCUUUAAUUAUAUGUGACGACUUUAACAGCCUUAAACCCUAUCUGGGGUUUGCCAGGGUGCAAUAGUCAUGGUACUUCAUUCAAAGCAAUUGCCUUUAAGCAAUUGCAAGUUAAAUCAUGGAAGAUCAACACGUUUCUCAGCUCGUCGCACCUUUUCGCUUAUUUAUUUAACUUGCUGUUCUCCGCCACUUUUUCCUUUUGUUUUCUGGUCUAUUUCUGAUGAUAUACAUAGUAGUGAUCGCUCUCCAAUAAUACACGUUCUUAAUCCUUCAAACUCCUUUGUUACUCCGGUAAAACAAGUUAAGCUCCUCUUGUGUGAAGCGGAUUGGAUUAAUUACUCCAAAUAGGCCGAGCCAUUUUUGAAUUCAAAGACAUUUAGCGGGGAUGCAGCCAUGAUGCUGCUAUUAUGUGUACGGCCAUUCGCACAGCUGCUCAUCUCUCUAUUCCUCAACAGCUUUUUUUAACAGCUUUAACUGAAAGACGAAUUGUGUUCAUGGCACCGCUUUAACCGAUGUCCUAAUCAUGAUCAUUUGUUAUUAUAUAAAAAGGUCAAUGCUCUGUUCAGAAAGGAAUUAUGAAAGUCAAAGGCGUUUGGAAGUUUUUUCGAAACGAAAUCACAGAAACACAUAAAUGAAGAUUGUCUGGAACAAAAGCAAGAAACUCAGUGAAACUUCAAAUUUGAAUGAAAAUUUCUGCCAUCUGCAGAGAUGAGACCUGUAAUUAUUUUCAAAAAAUGUGCUACGAAUACUCCUUUAAGAGCAACCUCUCUAAUGUCUUUGUCGAAAAUAAACUUCAAUUUCUCUUCCGAAUGCUAUUGAUAGAUGUGCCAUAUUCCUGGAAAAUUAUACAUCUAUCUACCUUAGAACUUGAAAGUUGUUUCUCCAAAUCAACGGUGAGGACAUCCGGUCUAGAUUGCAUUUCUUACUAAAUAAUCACUACUUAGUCUAAUUCAAGCAAAAAGAUAUUAGUGAACCUUUAUUAUAUGGGAUUUUUCCAAUUCCAAAGUCUAAAAAUGUAUCCAUCGCAUCGAACUAUGGUCCAAUCUUUCUCCUAUUUUGUCUUGCAAAGUUAUUGGAUAAGAUCGACAUUCUAAAAUCAGCUACAGAACGCGAUAUUAAAACUAGUAGGGCUUGAUAUCUAAUUUUCUUCUUUACAGUUCAGUCAGCCUAUCGGCUUCAAUGUUUUCUUCUUAGUCUAAGGAUUUAUUUCAUGAUAAUAAUAAUAAUAAAAUUUAAAGGUAAACGGUCAAGUUCUCUACCUAUAGCCUAUCAGCCACAUCAAAUAUAUUUCUCAAAUCAAAGUGAAUAUGUUUCAUCAAAAAUACAGAAGAAAUUUGAUAGUAACAUGGUAUGUAAACGCAAGCGUCCUAUUUCGCACACGUAUAGACAGUAUUGAUGAUAAUUGAUGCUGUUCAUUUACUGCUACUGCUACUGCUGCAAGAUGACGUUGCUAAAAUAAAAAAACAUACAUCUAAUAUAUAUACUGAAUAUAUCCGAAAAGUUAUUUCCGCAGACCAAAGUGACAAAAAGACCAAAACGACUUUGAAGAAUAAAUUUUAAGAUCAACACUUAUAUUGCGCAAACUUUUCGAAUCAAUUGGCGUAAUUUUUCAUUUCAGAAGGAAGAAAAAAAAAAUAGACAGCAAGUUCGGAGAUUCUAAAGAUUACUUUAACAGAGAGGCGUGGUUUGUCAAGUGGUUUCCAAAGGAAACGUGGCUCUAUUACUACGUUAAUCUUCUAUCAAACGUGCAUGGCUAUCGAAAGUCCAACAGCCGAAUUAUUACCUCGUAAAUGUGUCGUAUAUCAUUUGCAUCGAAGCAUGGGUAGAAAAUUUUAAAUUAUUCAAAAAUGUCAAUUUUCUUACUCUAUACCAGGGGUCCCCGCACGCGUAGAUCGAUUGCGCUGGAUAACUUGAUAAGUACAAACAGCAAUUGGGGAUUAACAAAGCCAAACACCAAAUGGUGUGGCAUGCAGACGUCACGGAAGAGAUGUAAAAUAAAAAUAUCUUUAAUGAUGUUCUCGAAACCUUGAUUUUCGAGCUUGCCGUACAAGAACUUGAACUGCAUCGUUAAAACUAUCUCUGUAUUGGGCGAAUUUUUAGGUAUAGGUAUUUUCGAUAUUCAUUAUAUAUUAUCGUCGAUUUUAAAGUCCUGAGAGAUUAUUUUCCACGUUUUGUCCGUUCAGCGAAAUUCUGCAGAAAAAAUACGCCGCAGGUGUUAUAGCAGCCAACUGCGGGCCUAUAGGGCCACUCAUCCGUCCCUGCCUAUAUUCUAUUUGUUUUUAUUGUCCCUAAUCGUUUUACGUCGCUGAAGAGAGUGUCCCUCAGUCAUUCAGGGAUGGCGGCUAAGCUGAGCUUGCCAACCCCUAUCCGUAAAGUUUAGUAGCCCUGUCGGUUAUUCAGGGAUGAUGACUAAGCUGAGCCUGCCAUCCCCUAUCCGUAAAGCCAAAAAAUAACAUUGUUGGUAACGUCAAAUAAAUAUGUUGCCUGUGAUUACUCACCUCUGGCUGCUGUAACGCGACUGAAAGGAUGAGCGUAUUGCGACACGCUCUUUUAUAGUCGCGAUCACUAUCGCUGUCCCGUUAUAUAGAUGUUUUGACUAUACCUGUGUUACAAUCUCAACACUCACUUGUAUAUGUGUUGUAAUGAUAUUCUUACGUAUAUCUUAUUAUGAAUGCUAACUUAGGUAUCAAAUAGUAUGAUCGAACAUGUAUAGAAGCCGCUAACGAUUCAAUGUGCUAGCUGUCAAUAUACAAGCAUGACAACGCCCGUAAAUAGAGACCAUUAGGUACAUGACUUUGCAAAAUCACAAGACCGUUAGGUAUGUGCCUUUGCAUAAUGUGAAUAGUUCAAUGCUAAAUGUAGCUUGUUGAUAAGUAAAAGUAAAAAACGUAUGCAGGUAUAUAGGCAUGUUGCGCAACGGAUUGCAACUUGUUCAUCGAGAGAAUUUAUGACUUGUUUCCCUAGGAAAAGAUCAGGCAUGGUAAUACUUAUGUAUAUUACUUAUAUGUGUGUUACUUAUACAUAUAUUAUUGAUAGGCAUAUUUUUCUGUUUCGGAGACAUAGCAUAUAAUGAGCGGACUAUCCAUACAACGUAUGUUGCAUAGUCCUGAUACAAUGAGUUUUUCUUCUUCUUGUUUUCUUUCUUCUUUAUAUAUAUUUUCUAUUUUAGAUGAACCUAAAUUACCAAAGGUUUGUGCGGGAAAGGAUGAUCUCACGGUAGCGCAGAGGAAGAUACUCGUAUCCAAGAGAAGGUGUGUAAGGCAAUGGUCAACCAAAGGGAUAUUUAGUCUUUAGUGCGGAAGAACAAAACAGACUGAAAGGUUUUAGGGUCUAAUGGUAGACAUUUGUGCAGACGGAUUUAUUAUCAGUAAGGAAGGAAAACGCUUCCUUUACAGUACUUUACAACUUUAACUUUCAUAUCUGAAAGUCCGAAUAUCACACUUAUUAAAAAAGCCUUUUUAAAUUUUAUGCCCAUCAUUGAAGGGCGGGGAGUUUAUUCAUUUUAUCAAUCCGUUUGCAACACCCAAAGGAAGAUUCAGAGACACACCACAAAGCAUAUAUUUCUUGACCACCAUCAGAUUCUGAACCGAUUUACGCAUUCCCCUUUGGUAGAAACAUUGAAAGUUCUUGCUUGCAGGUUGGCGUUCAAAACGGGUCAUAUCGGUUGACAGACACACCUAAAGCACUAUGUAGACUGCAAAUACCUAUGUUUUUCAAAAGGAACAAAAAUUGAUUAUUUACUUAUUUACUUAUUUACGCUAUAGGAGAUAAAUCCACAAAAAUUCGAACAUAUAUGCUGUGGGUGAUACUGUAGUGGCUGUACAAAAAUCGACAAAAAAUUGACCACGCGCAUCCGAUGUAGAUGAAGAUUUAAUUUUUUUUUUUUCAAUAUCUUUAUAACGCGCAGAAACCAGCUUAAAGGUGCAAGGUUUUCGAAUGUCCUUCUCAUUCCGGCAUAACGCUUUUCUUGCACCAGUACAUAUAUUAUAUUUUUCUGAAUAAAAAGGAUACUUACAACAGGUAUUACACAGAGAGACAGACGAACGGACGGACAUGCUUAAAUCAAUUCAGAGAUUGAUGUUGCUCAAGAAUAUAUACGCUUUAUGGAGUCACUGAAGCUGCUACCUGGUUGUUUCAAACUUUCUGACAAAAACCAAAGAUCAAUGAUCAAUCAAAGCCCUCAUCCUUCGAUGAUGGAUAUAAAAGCGUAACUGGAACCUUUUAUGCAAGAGAUCUCUCACUUGCUAUCGUUCCCGACAUGUUUGUUCCUGUUUCUCUUAUAGUUUUUGAGAAUAUCUUAGAUUUUGAGAAUCUUAGUUUUUCCUUUUUUUUUCAUUGCUGACUGCGACAAAUUUAUGCCUACUAGUGCUAAAUGGCGGGCAUUGUAAUGAUACUGCGCUCAACGAACAACUGAAUGUUUUAUAAAAAAAAUCCAAUUGAUACAUGACAAAUUGCAGUCGUCCUUUGUCAAUAAGGACAUUUCCCGCUCUUUGAACGUAUGGCCGGAAACUACUGAUUAUGUAGCAUUCUAUGCACCUAUGCUAGGCACCUUCGAAAACGAUUGUGAAAAACUUAGGAAAGAAAGACUUUUCAAACAAUCAUAGCGAUUAAGCUAAUCGCCAGUCAUCCACUUUUCAUUAAGAAUCGUUCAGUCAUUCAAAGCAAGCUAACUAACUAACUAACUAACUAAUGAUGAGUCUCAUAGGCUUACAACUUAUUCUUCAGUAACUUUAGUGCUUUCUUUUUUUUUUGUAACGGUCGAAGAAAUUCGUAAUAGCCAGUGUUGAAAUGUAGUUUUACACAGGGCCACAAAGGCGGGGAUAAAUUGAAAGACUGAAAGCGAGUUUCAGUGACUAAAAGCGAUUUCAAUGGGGAAUACUUUGAAAAAGCAUUUUUGUAUUUUCCUUAUGCUUAUGCUAUUAUCUAUGAAAUUUUAACGCCUUUACAUACGAAGUGCAAACUUGAUCUGUUAUUUACUACGAGCUACAAGCGUGUUGUGACUUUAUUCCACAACGCACAACGCUCAACGGCAUGUCCAAAAUCGAAUUGAACACUAAGCCGCUAAUAAGGCGACAAGUUGAAACUAAUCUGUUGGAUUUAUUACCACAUUAGAGUUAUUAGUGAAUAAUAAUUAUUUAAAUAUGUAUUUGAAAGUCGAGUAAAAAU